CCGACAUGCAAGUAGAAGCAACGCGGUUCAUGUGAUACACUAAUAAAAUCGAUCAAGCCACGAGAGGCGGAGAUCUGGACCUGGGAACGCCAGGCCACCGUUCCUCUCACAAGAAGACGCCCAGAGCCGGAGAGGAUGCUGCUGAGGAGCUCCUCCACGCCAUUCCUGCGCGCCUUCCUCUCCUCCCCCUCGCCACCCUCCUCCCUCCACCUCCGGCGGGCCUUCUCCGACGGCCACCUCCCUUCGCUCAACCCCUCCUCCAACUCCUCCGGCGACAACAAGGACGACGACAGCAAGACCACCGGCCUCCACACCGAGCUCUCCUUUUCCAUCUACAACACCUUCAGCAAGGCCAAGCUGGAGCCCCACCAGGAGCAGGAGAUGGAGGAGGACCAGCAGGCUGCGGCGGCGGCGCAGCCUGAGCUGCCGGAGCUGCCGCUGUUCCUGGCGAGGGGCAUGGGCAUCGACCGCCUCGCCUCCGGCCUCUUCACCGCCGGCAUGGGGUCCCAGGCCGCCCUGGCCAGGAUGGCCAGCGGGGUGGACCAGACGGCCGUGCUGGCGCUGGACGCCCAGUACAAGGAGAUGGUCGACGAGCAGCCCGGCAACGCCCUGUUCCUGCGCAACUACGCGCAGUUCCUGCACGAGGUGAAGUGCGACGCCAGAAGGGCGGAGGAGUACUACUCGCGCGCGAUGCUGGCCGACCCGACCGACGGCGAGAUCAUGUCGCAGUACGCGAAGCUGGUGUGGGCGGUGCACCGCGACCACGAGCGGUCCCUCACCUACUUCCACAAGUCGGUGCAGGCUGCCCCGCGGGACAGCCACGUCCUCGCGGCGUACGCCAGCUUCCUGUGGGAGCAGGACGAGGAGGAAGACGACGAUGGUGGUGUUGGGGCAGGCGAGCAGGGUGCACCCGGGGGCGCUGCGCAGCCGAGGCAGCUGGCUUCUUCUGCCGUUUGACUACCACCAGGGUGGGCCAGGGCCGCUCGAGGCGUGCCCGCCAACGAUCUAGUAUGUGCUGAUGCUUGCAUGAUGUUUGUGUGUAAUCAGCGGAAUGUAUGGACGAUCAAGGCCGAUUAUAUAUGCUAGUAAUAAAUAAGGUAAUUGUUGGAGGAA